AUGACGGCGCCCCGCGCGAACCCGGGAAUCUCCCAAGUCAAGAUUCGUUCUGGCGCAACUAUUGAAGCGCCGCAGGAGCACUACCGAAUUCAAGCGCUCGGGUUGCCCGAAAUUGACGUGACAUGGCCGAAAAAGUCGGAGACAAGGCGAUGCGAGGGGAGCUCGAAGACAUUGUGGCUCACAAGUUUGACAUCAAGGAUAACAUGA